CAAUUACUAGGUAUUAUGGACAGGUAAGAUGGCUCGAAAAACAAUAGUACAGAUGCAAAGUAAGGAGUAUUGACAUUAUUGGAUAUUAGAUAUCGCCAUGAUAUUGUAUCUUGUGGACGUAACUAUACUAAAGUGUGUAAAGCGCUCGUGUCUGGUUAUUUCAGAAAUGCAGCGAAAAAGGACCCGCAGGAAGGGUAUAAGACGUUGUUAGAAGGUACACCUGUAUAUAUUCACCCUUCUAGUGCCUUAUUCAAUAAGGGUCCUGAGUGGGUUAUUUAUCACGAAAUUGUGUUCACAACAAAAGAAUAUAUGCGUGAAGUGACAGCGAUCGACCCACGAUGGUUAACAGAAGCGGCACCUACUUUCUUCCGUGUUGCAGAUGCUAACAAGAUCUCCAAAAGAAAGAAGCAAGAAAAAAUUGAACCCUUAUAUAAUCGUUAUGAAAAGCCUAAUGAAUGGCGUCUCAGUAGAGUCAAACGCGGCGGUCGUAUUAGCCAAACCUUUGGUUAAAGAACCUCUGGAGAAUUAUGCAUAUUCCAUUUACAUUUAUAGCUUCUUAAGUAACUUUUAUUUUCUGAUUAAUGUAGAGAUAAUAAUAAAUUGGCGGUGCCCCUGGCUUGUCGUUGAGUUGAGUUACUUGAAUG